UGCUCUUCUCUCCAAGUAAGCUUCUUUAUCAAGCUAGAGAGAAAGAGAAUACCAAGUAAUUAUAUGUAUGAUGAUGAUGACGGUGUUCGGAAAUUCCAACGCCGCCGCCGGCUACACGGCGGUGAGGGCUCAGGUGUUUCCCGUCGUCGACUACGAAACCGAAGUUUCACAGCGCCUCGUCGAUGCGGCGCAUCACCACAACAACGCCAAAUCUGCUCAUUACGAUGAGUUAAUAGGCGACCCUUUUGUGGAUGUUAACUAUGUGGGAACGGUCAGCUUCAAGUGUAAGAAGACUGAGAUCGUCGUACGCGGCGAGUUGGCUCACCAUGUCGUUGUCGAGUACGAAGAGUUCAACACCAACGUCACCGCCCUCUUUCUCGCUUCUCAUUCCGGCAACUUGACCCUUGUUAGGAAGUUAUUGAGCGUUGGAGCCGAUGUGAACCAGAGAGUGUUUCGUGGGUACCCAACGACGGCAGCAGUGAGAGAAGGACAUUUGAAAAUAGUGGAAGUUCUUAUCGGUUGUGGGGCAUCUCAGCAGGCGUGCGAGGAGGCUUUGUUGGAAGCGAGCUACUUGGGACUUGCUAGGCCUGCCGAGAUGCUCAUGGCUUCUGAGAUGAUCCGCUAUCGGGCUGCUGUUCAUGCUCUUGUAUCUGCCUCCUGCAGAGGCUUUGUUGAUGUUGUAUGCGCUCUUCUGAAGUGUGGAGUGGAUGCCAAUGCUACUGACCGUUUGCUGCUUCAAUCUUCCAAACCAUUUUUACAUGCCAAUGUCAACUGUUGUGCCCUUGUUGCUGCCAUCGUUAGCCGUCAAAUAAACGUAGUCAGAGUCUUGUUACAGGCUGGAGUCAGAACAGAUAUAGAAGUGAAUCUUGGAGCAUGGUCAUGGGACGUGGAUACAGGGGAGGAUUUUCGAGUUGGGGCAGGACUAGCCGAGGCUUACAGUGUCACUUGGUGUGCCGUGGAGUACUACGAAGCCAGUGGUGCUAUUCUAACCAUGCUCCUCCAACACCUUUCUCCCAACACUCCUCACUUGGGGAGAACUCUGAUCCACCACGCCAUCUUAUGUAACAAUGCAAAAGCAGUAGAUGUCCUCUUAAGCUGCGGUGCUGAUGUAGAAGCUCCAACAAAGACGGCUUCGAAAAUUGACUCACAACGCCCCAUUCACUUGGCUGCUCGGCUAGGAUCAUCACAAAUUCUUCGACAUUUGAUUAAAGCCGGCUGCAAUGUCAACUCGGUAACAGGAGAGCAUGGAGAUAGUGCUCUAAUGAUCUGCACUCGUUAUAAAAGCGAAAAAUGUCUAAAGGUUUUGGCUGCAGCUGGUGCUGAUUUUAGUCUUGUUAACUCUACUACAGGUGAGUCUGCUAGCUCAAUUGCCGAGUCUAGUAAGUGGAGUCUCGGUUUUCAACAAGCUGUUUUGGAUGUAAUUCGAGAUGGGGUUGUAGUUAAAUCAACAAACGAUGCAGUAUUUUCUCCUUUGAUGUUUGUGACUAGAGCAAACGACAUUGAAGCGUUGAAGAAACUCAUCGAAAGAGAGGGUGUCGAUCUUGACAGACAAGACAAAAAUGGCUUCUCAGCUGCUAUGGUAGCUGCAAAAACCGGCCAUUUAGAGGUCUUUAAAUUGCUUCUUCAUGCUGGAGCUGAUAUGAAGCUUCGUAACAAACAUGGAGAAACUGCAUUCAAACUAUCAGAAGUGAAUCAGAAUAGUAUUGAGUUUGAGAAACUAAUGCUAAAACAGUCACUGGAAACGACAAUAAAAAGUCCUUGUCGUUUCGAUUCUCUACACCAUGCUGCACAAAGGGGAGACUUUGACUAUGUUCGUGUGUUAAUAACAAGUAAAGGUUGUGAUGUUAAUGCUAUUAAUGAUGAUGGUUAUACUCCAUUGAUGUUAGCUGCAAAAGGAGGCCAUGCAAAGCUGUGUGAGCUUUUGAUAUGUUUAGGAGCUAAAUGCGAGGUUGAGAAUCACAAACACGAGACAGCACUCUCUCUUGCUAAGGACAAAAACGACGUCGUACAAGUGAUAAAGGAUGAGAUGGCCAAAGGGCUUGUUCUUAAGGGUACUCGAGUGAAGAAGCAUACGAGAUGUGGUAAAGGGUCACCACAUAGAAAAAUGUUGAGGAUGGUUGAAGCUGUUGGGGUGUUAAGGUGGGGAAAGUGGAUGAACAAAAGGAGUGUGAUAUGUAAGGGAGCUGACGUGGGGCCGAGCGAGGCGUUCCGAUGGAAUCGACGGCGGAGAUUCGACACUGAUGAGCCAGGAUUGUUCCACGUGGUGACCACCAAGAACAAAGAGGUUCAUUUUGUUUGUGAAGGUGGGGUUGAAAUGGCAGAGAUGUGGGUUAGAGGGAUCAGACUUGUGACUAGAGAAGCUAUUUUCGGCAAAAAUACUGUUUUAACACAUUAAUGUAAGUUAAUUUAAUGUUAAUCUAUCUUAUGUUAGUAUGUGUGCUCAUCACGCCUUUUCAGUCUUAGCUUAAUGCAUAGUGAAAGCAAUUCACUAGUUUUGGUAUAUAUAUAUGUAAGGCUAGGCAUUUAGAUCUUGUAAUCCAAAACAAGAACUAUCUCAACUUGGCUAUUCUUCUUAUUUCUUUGUAAUUUCUUACUCUAUUUUAGAAUUGACUAAUA